AUGGGUGUUCCGUCCUUUUUUCGUUGGUUGUCUAGGAAAUAUCCUAAAAUCAUUUCUCCUGUGUUGGAAGAAUAUCCAGUUAUCGAAGAUGGUGUUCAACUACCGCUUGAUUACUCUUCGGCCAAUCCCAAUGGUGAGUUGGAUAACCUUUAUCUCGAUAUGAAUGGUAUUGUUCACCCUUGUUCACAUCCGGAGAAUAAGCCACCACCUGAAACAGAGGAUGAAAUGCUUCUUGCUGUGUUUGAGUACACAAAUCGCGUUUUGAAUAUGGCCAGACCAAGAAAAGUCUUGAUGAUAGCGGUUGAUGGUGUUGCACCAAGAGCGAAGAUGAAUCAACAGAGAGCACGUAGGUUUCGUAGUGCAAGGGAUGCAAAACUCCAAAAUGAAGCCAGAGAGCAAGUAUUACGAGAAAGAGAGGACUAUGGUGAGACGAUUGAUGAAAAUGUCAAAAGUAAAAAGACAUGGGAUUCAAACGCAAUUACUCCAGGUACCCCAUUUAUGGAUAAACUAGCUACAGCUUUAAGAUAUUGGACAAGUUUCAAGUUAGCAACUGAUCCCGGGUGGAAAAAUUUACAAAUUAUUAUAAGUGACGCUACUGUUCCAGGUGAAGGUGAACAUAAAAUAAUGAAUUUCAUUAGAUCUCAAAGAGCAGACACUCAAUAUAAUCCAAAUACAACACAUUGUAUAUAUGGGUUAGAUGCAGAUUUGAUCUUUUUGGGACUAGCAACCCACGAACCUCAUUUCAAAAUAUUAAGAGAGGAUGUGUUCGCCAAUAACAACUAUAAAAAACCAAAGCCUCAAGAUAUGAUAAAUUUAUCUGAAGAAGAGAAACAACAGCUUAUUCAACAAGAUUCAGAAAAGCCAUUCUUAUGGCUCCAUAUCAGCGUUUUAAGAGAAUAUCUUUCAGCAGAAUUAGCGAUUCCACAUUUAUCGUUCCAGUUUGAUUUUGAACGAGCAAUCGACGAUUGGGUUUUCAUGUGUUUCUUCUGUGGUAAUGAUUUCCUACCGCAUUUACCUUGUCUUGAUGUGAGAGAGAAUAGCAUUGACAUUUUGGUGGAUAUAUGGAAGACUGUGUUGCCCAAAACAAAAACCUACCUAACAUGUGAUGGUACACUCAAUUUGGAACCUGUAGAAGCUUUACUUGAACAAUUAGGAGACCGUGAAACAGAUCUUUUCAAAAAGAAAUACAUUCAGGAAGUUCGUAAGCAAGAGGCUCAUGAUAGGCGAAAGAAAUUGAAAAGUAACCCCAAUGUUUCCCAGGGCAAGGUCGACAGAAAUUUUAUGAUUCCGUUGGAGAAUAUGCCGGUCUAUGAUGUUGAUGGCAACGCCGCUGAAGGCUCUUUGAAUUUGUCUAAUAAGGAUUUCGCUAAUAUGCGUAAAGAAAUUAAUUUGGCGAAUGAAGGUGAUGGCGAAGCAGCUAAAGCUUUGAAACUAAAAAGUGAGAAGAAUAGCGGUGUGGUCGAGUUUUCAUCGGAAGAAUUGAAAAAUAGCGUGCAACUGUCGAAGACUGCGAACUACGAUGCUGCUACCAGCUUACAGGAGAAACUUAUUGCUAAGAAGAUGGCAAUGAGAGAUGAGGAAAAUGCAGAAGAAUUGUCGUUGAAACGGAAAAGUGAAGAUGUUGACUCUGCUGAAAAGGAAACAUCCAAUGAACCUGAGGAUGAUGAGGCCGAUUAUGAUGAAGACGAAGGCUCUACUGUUCCACCAGCGGUCAUCCACACCGGUAUUGUAAAAUCAGGGUUCAUUGACACCGAUGAGUCGGUUAGACUUUACGAACCUGGAUAUCAUGAUCGUUACUAUCAACAUAAAUUCCAUGUUCCAGCAAAAGAUAUUCCAGCUCUGCAAAAGGAUGUGAUUAGGUGCUAUGUGGAAGGUAUUUCAUGGGUUUUAUUAUAUUAUUAUCAGGGAUGUGCGUCUUGGACUUGGUACUAUCCAUACCAUUAUGCUCCUUUUGCUCAGGAUUUCAAGAAUAUAAAAAAUCUAGAUAUUCACUUUGAUCUUGGUGAACCAUUCUUACCAUACGAACAGUUAAUGAGUGUUUUACCAGCAGCAUCAGGCCACGCACUACCCGAAAUAUUCAGACCAUUAAUGUCAGAUCCAAACUCUGAGAUUAUAGAUUUCUAUCCUGAAGAAUUCCCAGUGGAUAUGAAUGGUAAAAAGAUGGCUUGGCAGGGUAUUGCACUAUUGCCAUUUAUAGAUGAAACACGUUUACUGAAAACAGUUCGAGAACAAUAUUCUAAGCUUUCUGAUUCAGAAAAGGCAAGAAAUGUUAGGAAGAAGGAUGCACUUUUGAUCAGCAACAAGAAUGUGAAUUACGACCUGUUUAUGAAGAAUUUAUAUGGAGAAAACCCCGUUAACGUGAUAGAGUUUAGACAUUUCAAAUCUGGUUUAAGUGGAUUCGUAACACAAGCUGAAGAAGGGUUUGAACUAAACUCCAAGCUGAUAUGUCCUAUUAAUGGGGGUGGUUUGCCAGAUUUGAGUACAAAUUUAUUCCUAAAACUUUCGUAUACGCAGCCUGUGGUUGCGGGUAGAUGUAAAUCGUUAGUAUUGAACGGAUAUAUCCCACCUCAACCAAUGCUUACCCCACAGGACCGAGACUGUAUCAUUUAUAAAUACAGUAACCGUUGGAAUCCUUCCAUGAUGAAAUACAACAUUGUGCCUGUUGGCCCAUCGGGGAUUACCCAAUAUCAGCCCAGGGUUGGAGGUUACAGAAGUUUCUUCUUCCAUAAAGAACAGACAGCUUAUGCUCAACAACCGCAACAAAAUAGAGAGUAUAUGCACUCGCAACAGAGACAGCCACAGGGCAGCAGAUAUCAACAGUCUAGGUAUAAUAAUGGAAACUACAAUAAUAGUAACAACGGUUAUUCUGAUAAUAAUAAUGGUAAUACCGGCAAAUACAACCGUCAUUAUAACAACAGUAGAGGUAAUAGCAAUCGAUACUCGAAUAGUAACGAUAGAAGAAGGGAAUUCAGAAGAUGA